AAUGUUGUUGUGCAAGGCACUUUAGGGCAUGGCUACCAUAACAUUGAACAUGAGCUUGUGCUUGUGGUUUGAGGCAGGAUCUGCAGAACAGUUUGAGGAGAUGAUAAAGUUUGUUCUGGACCAUGCAGCUGCAAGGAUACUGAAGCAGUGUAUCCAUGCAAUAUGGUAUUGUAUCCCCAUGACUGACUACCACAGGACAGUCACUGCAGCUGAACAGAAGUUCUUUGAUGAGUUCCCAGUGAUAGUGCUGCUAACAAAGGUGGAUGCAUUGAAUUUUGCUGCCAUUGAGGAACUUCUGGAUGAAGGGAUGGAGAUGGAGGAAGCAGAGGAAAGGGCCACAGAAAGGGAAUCUCUGUUGUUAGAGAAGUGGCAUACACACAUCAAACAGAGACUGGAUUGCAAAUUCCCACCUAAGAUGUAUCUCACAUUGACAAAGAUGCAUAAUGAGAGUGCAGAUUGCACUACUUUGAUCCAGUGCACAGCAAGUGUAUUGAAUGAGGAAGGCCUGCAGAGGUUACUUAUAUCAACCCAGCAGUCAAGCAUUGGCUUGUGGGAAAGAUAUGAAAUAAGAGCUUUUAAAUCUGCUAUGCUCAGUUGGUUCCCCAAGCAUCAUGUGAUUGUGGGUGAUUUCAUGGAAGGGUUAUCUGCACAUUGUGAACUGACAUGCCAUGUGCAUAUCAUGGGAUAUAGAAUGUUUGUGACUUCAUGGCAAAUGAUGGUGGAUGUGUACUGA